AUGGAGACUUCAGAAGGAGUCAAUGACGCUGAUUAUGAGCUCUUGGAAGUGAUCGGACAUGGUUCUUUUGGUCUGAUCCAUGGAAUGGUCUUUGCACGCAAGGAGAUCCACUACAGGAAAAUGGAAGAACGGGAGCGGAAGCAGCUGGCUUCAGAGGUGCAUAUUUUGUCGAAUUUACGGCAUCCUCAUAUUGUACGUUAUUUUGGACGAAGUAUUGAUCGUACGAAUCAUACCAUAUAUCUGUAUAUGGAGUUUUGUGGUAAUGGAGACUUGGGAUCACUUAUCAAAGAUUGCCAGCAGGAGAAUUCGAUGAUACCAGAGAAUAUUUUAUGGAGUAUUUUUGUACAGCUGACAUUGGCUUUAUAUAGAUGUCAUUUUGGUGCGGAUGCACCGCCGUCUGAAGUCUUAGUUUCGUCUUCACCUUCACCGUUAUCGUCUGUGGUUGUGCUUCAUCGGGAUAUUAAGCCAGACAAUAUUUUUCGGGACGGUGAGAUUUCUGUCAAAUUGGGUGAUUUUGGGCUUUCAAGGAUUUUAGACGAUCCAUCUAGGACGUUUGCACAAACAUAUGUUGGAACGCCUUAUUAUAUGUCUCCAGAGAUCAUUAAUCAUGAGCCGUAUACUGCAAAAUCUGAUAUAUGGGCAUUAGGAUGCACUAUGUAUGAAAUGUGUACAAAAUUGCCGCCUUUUAGAGCAAUGACACAGCCUGAAUUAAAUCACAAGAUACGUAGAGGAAUAUUUCCUCCUAUUUCUGGUUUGUACUCUAUGACUCUUAGGGAUACAAUAAGAUGGUGUCUUGCUGUUGAUCCGAAAAGAAGACCAAUGGCUUCUGAUUUGUUAAUGAUUGAUAUGUUUCGAGCUUAUCGUAAAGAAUUGGAAGUAUUGGCGUUGCGUAAAGAAUUAAAAAUGAGAGAAAGCUCUUUGUUAAAAAGAGAGGCAAAUGUCUUGGUAAAAGAAGAAGAGCUUAAAAAUAGAGAACGGAUAUUAUAUGAAAAAGAAAUGAAUCUAGAAAAAGUUAUUCAUGCUCAUCUUUGUCGAGCACAGCCGGAAAUUGAUCGAUUUUAUUCUAAAAUACAAGAAAUAGGACAUUCUGGAGAACGACCUACUAAUAGAUCACCCGCAAUGUCAUCGGCACAUACUAUUUCAUCUCUUCAUUGCUCAUCCCCUGUUAAGGAUAAACGUCAUACAACUAUUGAUACUAGUUUAACUAAAUUAUCUCCCACUCAUUUUUCUCCUGGAGAAAGAAGGCAGCUAACUAUGUCAAAUAUACCCAUUCGUCAACCAUUACAAGAAAAUACGUUAAAGUUGUCUAAUACAGUGUCGAAGAAAACACCAGUUACUCCCAGUCGUUUAAGAGUUUCUCCAAACAAUAGAAAAACUCUUGAUUCUCCACUUCAUACUCAAGGAAUUUCAAGAAACGAGAUAAAUACUGAAGCUAGCAGGAACCUUCGGAACCCAAGACCAACUGUUAUGGAAAUGUGGAGAAAAAAUGCAUGGGAAGAUGGUGAAGAACUUCCUAGUCCUUUUUUACGAAAGAAUGUCACUAUAUUGAAUUAA